GAGGGAAAAGCGAUGAAGCGAUAAAAUGGCUUCGCCUCUCCGCGUUGGAUACAAAAUACAACACAGGCGACCAGUUUUGGUGGGUGCCUUUCUUUCUCCUGCAACUAAUGCUUCUGCUCCAAACCCUAUAGUGAGAGUGAAAAAGUGGAGCAGUGGACGCGGAACGCCUCGUCGUCUGGUAUUGGGUUUUGGUGCUUCAUUUUUGAGUCAGUUUAUGAGCAUGGCAGGUAGAGGUGGAGGACAGUCUUUCUUUGCUUCAGCAAGACAGCAAGGUGGCUCUUCCGUUGAACAGGUGCUGAAGAAUGUAGAAUGGCCAGAACAAUUUCCUUUCAAGGAAGAGGAUUUCAAGCGAUUUGAUGAGUCGCCAGAUUCUUUGUUCUAUGAGACUCCACGCUUUGUGACACACAUUGAUGAUCCAGCCAUUGCUGCUCUGACUAAGUACUAUUCCAAGGUCUUCCCUCCCAGUAAUAGUCCAGGAGUAAGUCAUCUGGAUUUAUGUAGCAGUUGGGUGAGCCAUUUUCCAGCAGGAUACAAACAAGAAAGGAUAGUAGGCAUGGGUAUGAAUGAAGAAGAGCUCAAACGGAACCCAGUUCUAACAGAGUACGUUGUACAAGAUUUAAAUAUCAACCCCAAGCUUCCAUUUGAAGACAACUCUUUUGAUGUUAUUACUAAUGUGGUUAGUGUUGAUUAUUUGUCAAAGCCAAUUGAUGUUUUCAAGGAGAUGUCUCGUAUUCUUAAGCCUGGAGGUUUAGCCAUAAUGAGCUUUUCAAAUCGUUGCUUUUGGACAAAAGCAAUCUCUAUAUGGACAUCAACUGGUGAUGCUGAUCAUGCUCUGAUUGUUGGGUCCUAUUUCCAUUAUGCUGGAGGCUUUGAACCUCCUCAGGCAGUGGAUAUAUCUCCCAACCCUGGUCGUUCAGAUCCAAUGUAUAUCGUGUAUUCUACAAGAGUUGCUACAGCCUAAAGCGUAUAUGCUCAGUACUUUCACUUUACAUAAUUUGUAAGUGUUAAGAAAAUGCAGAAAGGGUGUUGAAAAUUGGGAUAUUCAUUAUUUU